CAAUGAGGUGAGAAUGGCGGCUCGCUGUGCGUGAAGGGUCGUUACCGGAGCUGCUACCGGAGCCGGCUUUAUGCAACGAGAACAUGUAUAAAACACCAUGUAGCAGGCUGACAGGAUUUGUUGGUGGAAGUGUGAAACAGAAAUUAGUACAAAGUGUUCCCCGAUGCAACCAGACUGCUCGUGGUAUCAUUCACCUGCACAGAAGAGACCCAUCCAACUGGCUGACAUAUCAGCAUCUCAACUUCCUGAAACGCCAGUAUGUGGCAAAGAACAACAGCGAGCUUCACCAACGUGCCGUCCCGAAGCAGGCGCCUGUGCUGACCAUCAUAGACGAGAGAGAUGACAGUGUUGAGCGACAGGUGGAGAGAAUACCGACAUUUAAUCCUGUGGUCACAGACGACGUCCCGAAGGCGCAGGAUGUCGCCAGGGAGGUGCUGUCUGACGCCUCCAGCCCGAAGCCCUCCACAGAAGCCCUGGUAGUCCAAAAGGAUCCGGCGUCCCAGACGGUUUCAGAUGAGACGCCACACAUCCAGGUGGAGACGGACGAAGCCAAGGAGGCCCGUCUGGACAGACAGUGGAAGCAGAUGAAGGUUGAUCGUGCUGAGUUACUGGACAUCUACGCCAGACUCGCCAAGAUCAAACUUACAGCUCUGGUGGUCACGACUGCAGCCGCCGGCUUCGCCAUGGCGCCCGUACCGUUCGAUCCCAUCCUCUUCGUCGUGUCGUCUCUGGGAACAGGCCUCGCCUCCUGUGCUGCCAAUUCCAUCAACCAGUACUUCGAGGUGCCCUUCGACUCCAACAUGAACCGGACCAGGAACCGUCCGCUGGUCAGAGGACAGAUCAGCCCGCUGCACGCCGUCUCCUUCGCCCUGGCCUGCGGCCUCCCCGGCGUCGCCCUGCUCACGCUGGCCGUCAACCCGCUGACCGGCGCCCUGGGCGCGCUGAACGUCUUCCUGUACACCUGCUGCUACACGCCGCUCAAGAGGCUGAGCAUCGCCAACACCUGGGUGGGCGCCGUGGUGGGCGCCAUCCCCCCCGUGAUGGGCUGGACCGCCGCCACCGGCUGUCUGGAGCCAGGUGCCUUGCUCCUGGGCGGCUUCCUGUACAGCUGGCAGUUCCCCCACUUCAACGCCCUCAGCUGGAACCUGAGGGAGGACUACUCCCGCGGCGGCUACCGCAUGAUGUCGGUCACCCACCCGGCCAUGUGCCGGCGGGUGGCGCUGCGCCACAGCCUGGCGCUGAUCGGGCUGUCGGCGGCGGCGCCGGCGCUGGGCGUCACCACCUGGACGUUCCCCGUCGUCUCGCUGCCCAUCAACCUGUACAUCAGCUUCCUGGCGCUGCAGUUCCAGCGGCGCGGCGACCGCGGCAGCGCCCGCCGCCUCUUCUUCUGCAGCCUGUGGCACCUGCCCAUGCUGCUGCUGCUGGCGCUCACCUGCAAGAGGUACGGCCAGGCUCCGCCCACCGCCCCGGACGGACACGCCCCCUGAGCCGCGCCGCGCCGCUCAGUGUAAAUACUCUUAUUUAUUUCACGUUAAGAUGACCUGUAAAGUGUAAAUGAUUUACUUAGAUUACUCGCCGGAUCACCUCGCCUCCCCCCACCCGGGGAUUUAACUCAGAACUGCCCCAGAACCCGGGGAGAGUUUUACCCCCCCAGCAGCUCGGGGGCAAACCUUCUCUGACAAUAAACACGCCGU